AUGGACUUAACACAUAUAUGUAUUCGAUUUUUUUCUUCUUUUUUUUUCAAAAAAAAAGUACAUGUAUUCGAUACUAAUUGUUCUUAUUCUCCGUCGCAGUUCCUCGUGCUUCUUUGCUCUAGCAAUAUCUCCAAAUUCAAGAGUCGCCGACGACUACCACCUUAUGCUUCUCUACGUCGUCAAGAUGCAAACGAAGACAGUGCUUCCUUUAAGAGAAGAGCUUUUGUUCUUGUUGGCAUCUCCGUUGUUCUUCCGCUUUUGCAGUUUCCAUCGCGUGUAAUGGCUGAUCAAAGAGAUAGUGAGAAGCUUAAUCAAGAAGCUGAGGUUGCAGCAGUUAGUGAAGGAGCAUCCCCAAAUCCAUUUGUGUCUCUCUUAAAUGGUCUUGGGAUUUUCAGUGCUGGUGUUCUUGGUGCACUCUAUGCACUCGCUCGUAAAGAUACUAAAACUGCUCUAGAAACCAUCGACUCUCUAAAUAACCAGUUGAAAGACAGAGAAAGAGCAUUGGUUACCAAGGAGAAAGACUUUGAAGCAAGACUGCAACUUCAUCAGCAAGAGUGGAACAAGGAACGAAAAAAGUCACAAGAGGAACAACUCUCAUUGACCAGCCAGUUGAAUUCUGCAAAAGAUGUGGUGACAGGGCUAGGCCGAGAGCUAAGCAGCGAGAAGAAACUACGUGAGGAUCUUAGUGCUCGAAUAGGAAGUCUACAAAGUAAUCUUUCAAAGGCUGGUGAAGACAAAAGGGCACUUGAAACAAGGCUCAGAGAAAAGCUUGCUUUGGUUGAGGUGUUGCAAGAUCGAAUCAGCUUGCUUAGUUUGGAGUUGAAAGAUAAAAAAGAAGAAGCUCAACGCAUUAGUACAUCACUGGCUGAAAAAGAAGCAGAACUGAAGAAACUCAACUCUGCUUACACUCAAACUAGCCGAGAUCUUGCUGAAGCAAUGUUAGAAACCAAGAAGCUUAAGGAAGAAGUCACAAGAACUCAGACUGAACUGGACUCAAAGAGUUCUGCCAUUGAGGAGUUAAACACCAGAAUAAGCACUUUAGGGGCUGAGAAAAAGAGUUACAUCCAAAAGAUUGAUCAUGUUUCAAAAGACUACAGUGCUUUGCAGUUGACUUCUGAGAUGCAUUCAGCUGCAGAUGCGGAGGUCAUUAGCAGGAGAGAGGAGGAGAUUCAGCAGCUAAAGGAAAAGCUGGAUCAUGCGCUAAUGGAUGUAAAUGAGAAUAAAGACAAAGUUGCUGACCUUACUGAGAAGUACGAAGACUCUAAGAGGAUGCUGGAUAUAGAACUCACUAAUGUACAGAACUUGAAACAUGAACUUGAACGAACAAAGGAAACACUCCAGGCGUCGAGAGAUUGUGUCUCUGACCUGGAAAAGCUUCUUGAUGUGUCUAGAGCUUUGUGUUCAAAGUUUGAAUCAGAGGUUUCUGUAAUUCGAGAAGAGUGAUGAUAAGGUUACUGCAAAGAAAGUUGUCAGAAGAAGAAAGAGCAGUACUAGUUCUUGAGGAGACAAAGGUUAUGAUGACCAGAGCUUGCUCCAGUUAUUAUACAAAUCCGUGUAAAUUUUGACUAGAGGCAAAUGGCUCCAAAGUUUCAUCAAUGAUAAUAGGUAAUAUAGAGUGAGAAGAUUAUCAGGAAAUUCAUGUCUGAAAUUAUGAUUUGUUAUAUAGAUAAGUUAAAGAUGAAGUAACAUUUAUUACACA